AUGUUGAUUAUCGACGACGAGGAGAAUGGUGACUCACCUGAUUUGGGUGCAGCCAGCGCGGCUGUGGCUGCUGCUGUGGAUGAUGAUGAUGAUGAUGAUGAUGAUGCCUUAGAUUUUGGCAAGCCGGCAGCUCCUGAUAGGUCCUCCUCGGCCCGCCCGGUUCAGAAAACGAACACAGCAUCGACGAGAAUCACCGAAGAGGUUGAGGAUGACUAUGUUCCUUUAUGCUUUGGUGCUGUAGGAGACUCCAAGCCGGAAUCAGCAGCCCUGGCAACUGCAGCUCCAACAGAUGUUCCGAAGAAGAAGAAGAGAAAAGCCUCCUCGUUGUCCGGGACUGCCAAAGCGGGAGGCAGCAAGCCGAAGCCUGGGAAAAUGGUCCAGCGGGUGCGAUCAAUAAAGAAAAGGUCUGGUCAGAGGGAGGAACCAGACCCACGUUCUGCUUCUGAUAUCGAUGCAGAAGUUCAGCAACUUUUCAAGACGGGAGGUCUUGUGGCAGUGGGCUUGGAUUCCAAGCAGGGUGAGGAUGUGACAGACCCGGCAAUUUUGGACAAGAUUUUGUCGUGGAUCAAGGCGGGGCUCAUACUGGCUGUGGCCCAGCUGAAGUAUGCAGCACAUCACAGAGUGUUGCAUGGAAGUUCCAUGGGUCAUUGA